UAACCCUUGAAGGGAAGGACAAAAACAACAAGAAAAAAUAUAUAAAUACCUCAGUUCCCGACGAGAAAGCGCCAGCCCGGUCGCCGUACUCCGAAUCCGCAUCUGCCGCUCGCCAUGGCCCGCAAUGCCCUCGACGGCGAGGACGACGCAACCGUCCAGGUCACCUUCGAUCCCGACAGGGCGUCGCCAAACCACCACCGUAUCGACGACGUAAGGUCGGAGCAGAGGACGAUCGACCUGCUAUCGCAAAACAAAACCCUCCCCGUCACCCUCUCUUCCAUCUACAUCCACGGCGCGAAACAUACGCGCAAAUCCUUCCUCGAUCCCUUGUUCGAGCCGCUCGUCCAAGACAGCCGAAAUGCCGACUACACCCUGGCCGACAUGCUGGAGCAGGUCGGCAGCGCCGUCGAGAGGCUGCACAAGUUCGACAUCUUCCAGCCCCAGAUCGUCUUCCAUCUGUCCCGCCCGCCCCAUCUCGACCCCUCCUCCUCGCCCACCGAUCUCGAUGUCUCCCUCCGCGUGCGCGAAAGGCCUCGCUUCCUCAUCAAGACCGGCACCGAUAUGGGCAACACCGAAGGCUCCGCCUACGGCUAUUUGUUCUGGCGCAACGUCUUUGGCGGCGCCGAGUCCCUGUCGUUCAAUGCCUCGGCCGGCACGAGGACGCGCUCGGCCUAUCGUGCCGAAUUCAGCACCCCGCUGAAGAGCAAUCCCGACUUGCGACUUGGCAUCCAGGGGCUGGCGAGCAACACCCAAAAGCCGUGGGCAAGUCACGACGAGGUCCUCAAGGGUGGAAGCACCAAGUUGGAAUGGCUGAAGGACGAUGGCGAUCGCCACCAAAUUAGCUACUCCGGCACCUGGAGACAGGUGACCGGCCUCGGAGACGAGGCCAGCCCCGCCGUGAGGCGAGACGCCGGAGACUCCACCAAGAGCGCCGUCUCGUACACCUUCCAACGCGAGCGGAGAGAUAACCCCUUUCUGCCCCAGAGUGGGUACUUUCUCAAGACGGCCACCGAGCUCGCCGGGUGGGGCCCUCUAGGCGGAGAUGUAGGCUUCUCCAAGAGCGAGGUGGAGCUUGCCGGCGCGUUACCGGUUCCCCUUCCCGGAAUCCGGGGGCCCUCUGGCGUCUCCAUCGGCGGUGGCCUCAGGGCCGGUCUGCUCUACCCUCUUCCGCUCUCGUACGGCCUCAGUGGCGCGUCACCCAGCCGGAUCAACGAUCGAUUCACCCUCGGAGGACCUACCGACGUGCGCGGCUUCUCGUCGGGCGGUCUUGGCCCCAGAGACGGCGGCGACUCCCUAGGUGGCGACGUGUUCGCCGCCGGAAGCGUGAACGUGCUGAUCCCCCUGCCGCGGGUAGGGCCCGAGUCCCCCUUGCGGUUCCAACUCUUCGCCAACGGCGGUAGGCUAGUGGCGUUGAGGAACAGGACAAAGGGCGGCGAUGCCGGUCCCGGUCAGGGCCUCCGCGCCGGCACGGUGCGGGAUAGCGUGAUCGCCGCAACGAGGGACCUCGGCACGGGACUGCCCAGCAUCGCCGCCGGCGUGGGGCUUGUCUACGCACACCCGAUGGCGAGGUUCGAGCUCAACUUCAGCCUACCCCUUGUGAUGAGGCGAGGCGAGGAUACCAGGAAGGGCCUGCAAAUCGGCGUCGGAAUUAAUUUCCUCUAGACAUCGCAGCGUGUUUAUCUAUCCGUCCGCGUCCCCUUGUAGGUACUAACCCGAGCCGCGACCUGUCGACCAUUGACGAUAGGACACUCCGCCCCUAGAAUACCUACAUAUU